CACUUUUAUUAUUCAAUCGAAUCACGCAAAAAGACAAUCUGAUCAUAAUCAAUCACCUAGUUCUCUGCAAUCAAUCAGGCUUUAAAGCAACAAAUUAAGACACCCAAAUUCAUGCAAUCUGAGAAGAAAAAAGAACCAAGGACAAGGAAGUGAAAAUGAAUUCAAUUUCUUCUCAGUCACACUCACAUCAUGUGGUUUUGUUCCCUUUCAUGGCAAAGGGGCACACAAUACCCAUCCUCUACUUCGCCCGCCUCCUGCUACGCCGCCCUAGUAUCUCCGUCACCGUCUUCACCACUCCAGCCAACCGCCACUUCAUUUCCGAAUUUCUCGCCGACACCACCGCCUCCAUUAUUGACCUUCCUUUUCCCCAAAACAUCCCCGAAAUCCCUCCCGGAAUCGAAACUACCCACAAACUCCCGUCCAUGUCGCUGUUCCCCUCAUUCGCUCUUGCUACCCAGCUUAUACAAAAGGAUUUUGAGCGCGCGCUUCAGAUCCUGCCACGUGUCAGCUUCUUGGUCUCCGAUGUAUUCCUGUGGUGGACUCUGGAGUCGGCGAACAAGUUCAAUAUACCGAGAUUUGUGUUUUAUGGCACUUGUAAAUACUCUGUCUGUGUCGAAAGAAGCGUGACUUGGAAUGGACUUCUAGUUGGGCCCGGAUCGGACGAUGAGCUGAUUACGGUCCCUGGUUUUCCAUGGAUCAAGGUCACCAGAAGAGACUUCGAUGAACCGAAGGGCUCGGAAGUAGACCUCAUGAAGGCAGUAGUUUCAUCAGUCGCGAAUAGUUAUGGUUUCAUUUUGAAUAGCUUCUAUGAGCUUGAGCAUGUUUUCGUUGAUUAUUGGAACUCCCAUUAUGGCCCCAAAGCUUGGUGUGUUGGACCCUUCUGUCUCGCUGACCCUCAAAGAGUUAACCGUCCUGAAGAACCACAAGAGAAGACCACUUGGAAGCAAUGGCUAGACCACAAGAUUGACCAAGGAGGCUCAGUCUUGUACAUAGCGUUUGGGACUCAUGCAGAAAUCUCAAUUGAGCAAAUCAAGGAAAUAGCAAUUGGGUUGGAGAAAUCUGGGGUGAACUUUUUGUGGGUGAUAAGAAACAUUGAAGCAGAAUUGGGUCAAGGGUUUGAAGAGAGAGUGAAAGAGAGAGGAAUUGUAGUGAGAGAUUGGGUUGAUCAGAGGGAGAUUUUGGAGCAUGAAAGUGUACAAGGAUUUCUGAGCCACUGUGGAUGGAAUUCAGUGUUGGAAAGUGUCUGUGCUGGGGUGCCAAUUCUGGCAUGGCCUGUGAUGGCAGAACAGCCAUUGACUGCAAGAAUGGUUGUGGAGGAAAUGAAGGUGGGCUUGAGAGUGGAGACAUGUGAUGGGUCUGUCAGAGGGUUUGUGAAGUGGGAAGGAUUGAAGAAGAUGGUGAAGGAGUUGAUGGAGGGAGAGAUGGGGAAGGAGGUGAGGAACAAUGUCAAGGUGAUUGCAGACAUGGCCAAGAAGGCUAUGGAAGAGAAUAAUGGUUCCUCUUGGUGCACAUUAGACCUGCUUCUUGAUGAGACAAGCCAGUCUCAGAGGGUUUAUUAGUGGGAACAGAAUAUGAAUAUUGAGCAAUACAAAGUUCACAUGUACAUAUAUGUUUUUAGGCAUAAGCUGUUAAGACUUUUUCACAAUAAAAGUUGCCUGCUUUCUUUACUCAAUUCUGGCAUUAUUGAACUGGGUGUCUCCUUUCUUGGCUCUGCCUUAAAU